UAUAGCUUAGAGGUCUAGAACUACAAUUCAUUUCAAUGCAGUAUAUGGAAUCAAAGUCUUUGACCAUUUGAAUCAAAACAACCAUUAUGGUGCAUAUUGUAAGCUCCUGAAGUGAUCCAAAAAUAGUUUUCAGAUAACAUCAGUAAACAUGAACAAUUCAGAAGCUAAUUUGAUUAUAACACAAGACGGUGAGUGAUCGUAGCCAGUCACUAUCCAGAGCUGUUAUAAUAGCAAGUUCAUUUCUAUUGAUCAAGUUCAAUGUCGUAUUUCGUAAUGCUCUCGGGAUGACUUUGCAUGAGUUGGAGCUCAUUUUUGGAUACACUGACGACUCACACUAGCCUCCUGCUUUGCCUUUGAUGAUGUAAUGUCGAAGAGUCACGGAGAAUCCCAGCCGUCUGACCUCAACUCAUUAAAACAGGAAGUUAACCCCGUAGUCACUUCCUGGUGAAUCGGCAGACUGGGCCUAACUUCAUACUGAAGUUCGGAAAAACAGAACCAAAUCAUCCCAUCCACGUCAAACUGAGGAGAAAUACAUGGAAAACAAUGACACAACAUGGGUAAUAGUGGGUUUGACGCAUUGUGGAGUUUUUGUGUUUUGAUUGGUGUUUACCAGUGACCACAAAUUCUGCAUUUAAAGUGACCACAAGUCCUUUAAACAAAAUCCUAAUAUUGUAUACUAUCUAGCCAUUGUAAGCAGACAAGGUAAUCAUGCCCAUCUUCAAAAUGAGUUGAAUGUUUGUACUUUAAGAGUUUCAACUUUUAACACAGUCUAAAUACAUGUACACAAGCCAUAUCAGAACUUCCAUCACUGCAAACAAAUGUGUACAAUUAUAUAAGAAAUCAUUCAACAACCAUUUGUUCGAAUUUAACAGAAGUGAGUUUAACAGAGCAAGUUGAGGUUGGCAGCAACAAGAGAUAAUAAAGCAACAAGAUAAAAAAACAUUUGAAGUGCAAAUAAUUUGCCACUAAAGCUCUUUCAAAUGUGGUUAAUCAAAAUUGACAAAACUUUUGCAAGCCUUCCACUGUGAGACACCGUACAAUCCAAAAUAAAUAAAUAAAGGCAAAGUUAGUGAAACACAUGAGUCAGAAGUAGUGAGAUAGUAAAGGGUGGGAUCAGGAGGAAGGGGAGGGAGGAGGAAGGUAUAAUUACGGUAAGACACAGGGAGAAGUACAGAGGGAGAGAGAGAAAGAGAGAGAGAAACAGCAAAGACAGAGCCCUGCCCACUCUCACAAAACCAUUCAACUUGAGCACAUAGAGCACUCCCAGAGCUCUACAGAGAACUCCACUUCCCUGGGGUAACCUUCUGAAGACGACUGCCCUUCCCACACAAAACUUCCCAAAGGACCAGACGUCCUCUCUGCUCCAACACUGGCAAGACCAUCUUCUGUCCACACCUCUCCUUCUCCAUCCAUCUCUCAUUUUUCAAUACAAGGAUUAUAAUUGUUUGUUCUCACUUUUCCUUCAGUUUAAGGUGUCACUUUUUAAAAACUUUUAGUCCAAGUCUUACAGUAUUUAUUUGUCCAGAGUUUUUAAGUAUACCUUGUCUGGAGGAUUUCCCCCCACCCCUCUUUUGGCAGGAGGACCUACACUUUUUCCGCCAAUCAUCAUUUCGCCUGCCAGUUGGUGCGUGCUGAGUUGCUCUUAGUUGUCCGGACAGCAGACCUCGUCUCGUCUAGGAUGUCUCCUCUGCCCCUGCUGAGUGGGAUUUUUCUGCUCUUUACCCAUAGCUGCGCCGGUGGCAGCUCUUUGCCCAUGGCGGACUCCUUAGCGAUGGGUGGUGGCCAGACGCCACCACAAACCCAGUCCCAAUCCCAGCUGGCACCGGAGGUCACCAACUGCCCGUCAUGUGCCCUGGCACGGCUAAACGAGGAGGAGGACGGCGGCAAAACCGACGUGGUGGAGGCGGUGAAGAGGCACAUUCUCAACAUGCUGCACCUGCAGGCACGGCCCAACGUCACGCACCCGGUGCCCCGCGCUGCUCUGCUCAAUGCAAUCCGCAAGCUGCAUGUGGGACGCGUGGCCGAGGACGGCAGCGUCCAGAUUGAGGACGAGGGCCGCGGGCGUCUCGACCCCGCCGACAUGGCCGAGACGACUGAGAUCAUCACCUUUGCAGAGGCCGGCGACUCCCAGGGCGCGGUCAACUUCCUCAUCUCCAAGGAGGGCGGCGAGCUGUCUCUGGUGGAGCAGGCUAAUGUAUGGAUCUUCCUCCGGCUAGCCAAGACCAACCGCAGCCGUGCCAAGGUCACUAUCCGCCUGCUGCAGCAGCGCCGUGGUGGAGACGGCCGUGAGGAGACGUCGCCGGUGCCGUUGGCUGAGAAGGUGGUGGACACGCGGCGCAGUGGCUGGCACACUUUUCCAGUCUCGGCCAGCGUCCAGGCCCUGCUGAAGCGCGGCGGCAGUACACUCAGUUUGAGGGUCUCCUGUCCGCUGUGUGCCAACGCUGGCGCCACGCCCAUCCUGGUGUCGGCCAGCAGCGGCCAGGAGCGGGAGCAGUCCCACCGGCCCUUCCUGAUGGCGGUGGUGCAGCAGGGUGAGGGCGGUGAGCCACGGCGGCGCCGCAAGCGGGGCCUGGAGUGCGACGGCAAGGUGAGUGCCUGCUGCAAGCGCCAGUUCUACGUCAAUUUCAAGGACAUUGGCUGGAGUGACUGGAUCAUAGCGCCAGGGGGCUACCACGCCAACUACUGCGAAGGCGACUGCCCCAGCCACGUGGCCAGCAUUACAGGCUCCUCGCUGUCCUUCCACUCCACUGUCAUCAACCACUACCGCAUACGGGGCUACGCACCCUUCCAGAACAUCAAGUCGUGCUGCGUGCCGACGCGGCUACGCGCCAUGUCCAUGCUCUACUACAACGAGGAGCAGAAGAUCGUCAAAAAGGACAUCCAGAACAUGGUCGUAGAGGAGUGCGGCUGCUCCUAAAAGCCUAGCGGAACUAGUGGGGCUGGGAGGUUGGUCUCAUGCCCAGAGAGAAAGAACUAAAUGAAAGAAGAGGAGGUAGAUGAAGGAAGGAGAAUGCAUUGCGUCACUGUUCUUCUCCCCUUCUCCCUUUAUCUCUCGCUCUCUCUUAAGAGCAUGACACUUGUCAAGACCGACUUCUAUUUGGACUUGAUGACUGGCUUGUUCUCCGUCGUUGGCAAGUCCAGGGGGUAUCUAUAACUCAGAGAAGUCUCUGCGGCACUUUCAGAAAAAAAAGAAAAUAAUAUUUAAUAUAUUUUUGUUACAAAACAAAGAGAGUGAGGUGAGAGGAUAUUUAUGUGACCCAGAUACGGUGUAGUUGCUCCUUUCAUGCACUGCAAGACGAGAGACCAUGCGAAUGAGGUGCCUGAAAAAUCUCAAAACUAUGCAACUUGUCAAGUAUUACGAUUUGUAUUUUUAUUUUGCCUGUUUCAUUUUCUCAAUUGUUUACUUUUUCAAAACAAAAAAAAGGAAAACUUUUUUAAACUAUGUUUUACGUUUGCUUGAGUGUGCCUGUGUUUGUGUGUGUGUGGUGUGUGUGUUGAGAGAUACUUGAAAGAAACAAGUUUGACCAGAUGCUGGAACCAAACAUUUCUCUAUGUAUAAUUAUUAUAAUUUUUUUUAUUGAUAAUAAUAUUAUUGUUUGUUGUUUUUAAAAACGUUACGAACGUUUUCCGUUUGCACUAUACCAACAUUCUGAUCAGCCUAGUCACAAAUAUAAAUGGUAUUCUAAAAGAGGUUAAAAAGCACUUAUGAAUGGACAAAUCAAUGGAGCACGUGAGUUUAAAACAUUUAGAGAACACGUAGACAUAUGUAUGACUACAGCAUUUUUUUGACCACACCAAAGAGUUUGUGUGAGUGUUGCCAACCAUCAUUGUGAGGCUGUUAGCAAUCACUUCACAAAGACGUCCAGGUCAGCAUUAGCAUAGCCUAGCAUCAGUGCCCAAACAUUCCUUCAGCUCCUGCACAUAGACGUAAUUUCCCAUAAUGCUUCACUCUGACCUAUGUUUUUCACACACUACUAUGUUGUUGGAGAGUGUAUUAUUAAUGUAACUGAAAAAAAAGCACUUAUGUAGGCCAAUGUUGUCGUGUUUUGGAGGAAAAUGAAUGUGUCCAUUGAAUUUGGAAAAAUCCUGAAGAUCUAGUUAAAACAGUUUAAUAUUUCCAAAUAUCUCACCAAAUAUUGGAAGGUCCCAUCUUACAACAAGUAAAACAAAUUGUUCGGAGAGUUGGUUUCUUUCGAUGUCUGAAAUUAAGCAAUUCGAAAAUUAGUAACACUUUAUUUUACUGCCCACUGUUUACCAGGUAGUUAUUUAGAAAUUGCCUUAUUAAUUCAUAGUCUUUACACUUCAGCUUCUUUGAGAUUCAUUGACACAAGCUUCACAAUAUACCAUUUGGUACUAGAUACAGCAGAUACCAGUUGUAUUGAGUUCUAUUUCAAUGCUGAUAGUGUUGAAGUACUAUACAAGAAAGUAUCCAUUGCACAUAGAUUCUUGGUUAAUACCAUGCAAAGUAUACACAUUUAAAAUGGGAUGUCAAAUAAAGUGUUACCGAAACUUUCUCUCACAAAGUUGUGUCUUGAAGUAUAGACUCAUUAAACAUUAUAGAAGCACAAUGUAUCUUACAUUGUGCAUUGAUGCAUACAAAAAUAUGAAUAGAGAAAAAGUUUUUUAAAAAAGAAGAAAAAAUGUGGUUGUAUUUGUUUUCAUUUUCUUUUAUCAAUACAAAAUAAUUGACACUGAAACAAGUGGACUAAGAAUAAAAAAGUAUAUUUUAUUCUGUAUAUAUGGAAAUCCAGAUACCAAUAUGUUGCAUUGCUUUGUUGUACAAAUCAAAAAUGUGCUUGUGGCUAAGUUUUCUAUCUAAUUUAUUUUAAAGUAUUUUUGUUUUGUUUCGCUUCACCAUUAAAG